AUGUCUGACUCUGCUUGGGCUUCGCCUAUUGUGAUCGUCCUGAAGAAGAAUGGAGUUGAUAUUCGCAUGUGUAUUGAAUAUCGCCUGGUGAACGGUUUCAUUGAGCUGUCGAAUUAUCCGCUGCCGCUGAUUGACGACCUCCUGGUGGGUUUCGAGCAAGCCAUGUGGUUCAUGUCAUUGGACAUGGCUAGUGGAUUUGGGUCAUACGUAUGA